AUGAAGGGAGAAUCAGUGGAUGUACCAGGGUACACUACCCUACCGGUGCAACUUCCCGCCACACCUCUGACUCCAGAACCCGCCACACACUACCUCUACAUCCGCCCUCACGAACCCCGAAUCCCAGACCCAGAUUCCACCCGCUCUCUCUUCAUAGUCAAUGUCCCGAUCGACACCACAGAACUUCACCUGCGCCACCUUUUCGGAACCCAACUAGCCGCCGGCCGAGUCGAGCGUGUCCAAUUCGAAGAUGUCCCCACCAAGAAGCGCACAGCAGCAACAAGCACAGAAACCAAUACCUCAAAAAAGAAGCGCAAGCGCGUAACAGCCGACGACUUCGAACAACACCUCGAAGCCAUCACCCUCCCAUCAACCUGGGACCGCAAGCUUCAAAAGAGCGGCGCCCACGCCAUCGUCAUCUUCGCCGACAGACCCAGCAUGGAAAGCAGUCUGAAAGCCAGCACCAAAGCCGCCAAGCGUGGCACCUAUAUCACCUGGGGCGAGAGUCUUCCUUCCGACCGAAUCCCCGCACUUGGACUCAGCCGGUACGCCGCUCACCAACGACUGCAAUAUCCGGAGCGAGGAACUCUUCUCCGCGCCGUGAACGAGUUCAUGACUACAUUUGCAGCUGUUUCGGAGGCGCGCAAGCGCGAGGAUCACAAGCGCUUUGCGGUUCCUGAUGAGGAUGGCUUCGUUACUGUGCAGCAUGGACCUAAGCUCAAUUCUGUUGCGAGGGAAGAUGAGAUGCGGGAGCUGGUUGAGCGGCAGAAGAAGAAGGGCGAGGGUCUUGAGGACUUCUAUCGAUUCCAGUCCAGAGAGAAGCGCAAGGAGAGACAGAAUCGUCUGCUUAAGCGGUUCGAUGAGGAUAAGAAGAAAUUGGCUGAUAUCAAGGCUAGGAGGGGCAAGAUUCGGCCUGAGUAA